AUGGUCGCUUCAGAACUUACGGCCUCGGCCAGGGCCAUGGGCAUGGCCCCCGGACAGUCAGAUGGGACCGCCCCCGCCAAUACACCCGUCGAGCCUCUCCAGAACCGCGCUGGUGACAGCCUGAGCCCCUUUGUGAGGAGCCUGGCCGGAAGUCCCGUUGCCUGGCAGCAGCUGGAUAAUGCGAGCGUUGAGCGCGCUAAGAAGGAGCACAAGCUCAUAUUCCUCCAUAUCGGCUACAAGGCCUGCUAUUACUGUCGGCUCAUGGCUCAGGAGUCCUUCUCGAACCCCGAGUGUGCCUCUAUACUUAGCGAGCAUUUCAUACCCAUCGCCGUAGACCGCGAUGAACGCCCGGAUCUCGAUGCCAUCUACAUGAACUAUGUUCAGGCCGUCAGCAGCUCAGGCGGAUGGCCUCUCAAUCUCUUUCUCACUCCCAAUUUGGAGCCCGUGUUUGGUGGAACCUACUGGCCCGGCCAGAGUUCAGCACGGCGCACCGCGACGGAAACUGGCGACGAUAUUCCCGACUUCCUGGAUGUCGUGAAGAAGAUGCGCAACAUUUGGAGGAAUCACGAGGCUCGAUGCCGCAAGGAGGCUACCGAUACUGUCGACCAGCUUAAGAACUUUGCCGCCGAGGGUAGACUCAACACUCUUGGCCACGCAGAGCCCGCGCCCUCCUCGGAUCUCGGAGCGAAGACCAGGCCUGUCGUGCUGGGUGAAGUGGACCUGGACCAGCUGGAGGAAGCCUACGCUCAUAUUGCUGGCACUUUUGACCCGGUAUACGGCGGCUUCGGACUGGCUCCCAAAUUUGUGACACCGCCCAAGCUCAUCUUCCUCAUGCAUCUCUCUCAGUUCCCCCAACCCGUUCAAGACGUGGUUGGUGAGUCGGAGUGCGCAAAGGCCCUCGAGAUGGCCUUGACUACGUUGCGUCAGGUUCGCAACAGCGCUUUGCGCGAUCACGUUGGUGGAACUGGCUUUUGCCGCUUCUCUGUGACGGCAGACUGGACCGUUCCCAACUUUGAGAAGCUCGUCGUCGACAACGCCCUCCUUCUCUCGCUGUACCUGGAAGCCUGGAAGGUAAGCGGCGCCAAGGAAGACAGCGAAUUCUUCGACGUUGUCACAGAGCUCGCCGACUACCUUUCAUCUCCACCCAUCACACUGCCCGACGGGGCUUUCGCAUCGAGCGAAGCCGCCCACUCCUACGCUAAGAAAGGAGACAUGGAUACACAGGAAGGCGCCUACUACCUCUGGACGCGUCGGGAAUUUGACUCGAUAGUUGAGACUCUGGGUCCCAACGUCAGCCAGGUCGUGGCCGCCCACUAUGGUGUCCAGGGAGGCGGCAAUGUCAACGAGGCCCAUGACCCCAACGACGACUUCAUCAACCAAAACAUCCUAUGCAUCCGAAGGACGGCAGACGACUUGAGCAGGCAUUAUGGUAUCCCCGUAUCAACGGUGGAGGAGUACAUCAAAUCGGCCAGGAGUGUGCUCAAGGAGAGGAGGGACAGAGAUAGGCCGCGACCCGAGCUGGACGACAAGGUAGUCACGGGAUGGAACGGUCUCGUCAUCUCGGCCUUGGCUCAGACCGGCACCGCUCUCGCACAACUGUGUCCGGAGAAGAGUGCGAGAUAUAUCCAGGCCGCCAGCAAAGCUGCCGCCUUUAUCAGAAGCCAGCUCUGGGACAAGAGCUCGAAAACCCUCUCCCGGAUAUGGAGGCACGGAAAGAGUGGUGAAGGCUUCGCAGAUGAUUACGCCUACCUUGUCCUCGGCCUUAUCGAUCUAUUCUAUGCCACUGGCGAUGAGACGAUACUCGAAUUUGCCGACAUUGUCCAAAAAACACAAAUCUCCCUCUUCAGCGACCCAGAGGGUGGUUACUACUCAACUACUGCCUCAGCACCUCACACCAUUAUCCGCCUGAAGGAUGGCAUGGACACAUCCCUGCCGUCGACCAACACCGUCUCCGUAUCCAAUCUUUUCCGACUCGGCCAAGUGCUCAAGGACGCCAAGUACACUGACCUGGCACGCGAGACGAUCAACGUGUUCGAAGUCGAGAUGAUACAGCAUCCAUGGCUCUUCCCUGGUCUGCUUUCCGGCGUCGUGACGGCUAGGCUGGGUCUCGAUGACAAGGGAGCGGUGGAUGUCAAGUACGCGACUACUAGGGAGAAGGCAUGA